UCCGGAGCCUGCCGCGCCCCGCCCUGCAGCUCUGCGGAGAGCCGCUCUGAGCUUCUCUCCUGCCUCCUGGUAAGCACCUGACCAUGUCCCUGGCCGAGGCCAUCAGACUCUGGAAUGAAGGGGUGCUGGCAGCUGACAAGAAGGACUGGAAGGGCGCUCUGGAGGCCUUCAGCGAGGUGCAGGACCCCCACUCGAGGAUUUGCUUUAACAUAGGUUGCAUGCACGCCAUCCUGGAAAAUAUGCCGGCAGCGGAGCAGGCCUUCACCAGAAGCAUCAACAGAGACAAACACUUGGCAGUGGCCUACUUCCAGCGGGGAAUGCUGUACCACAGCAUGGAGAAAUACGACUUAGCUAUCAAAGACCUUAAAGAGGCCUUGACUCAGCUUCGAGGGAACCAGCUGAUAGACUACAAGAUCCUGGGGCUGCAAUUCAAGCUGUUUGCCUGUGAGGUGUUGUAUAAUAUCGCUUUCAUGCAUGCCAAGAAGGAGGAAUGGAAAAAGGCAGAAGAGCAGUUAGCCUUGGCAACAAACAUGAAGUCUGAGCCCAGGCAUUCCAAAAUUGACAAGGCCAUGGAAAGCAUCUGGAAGCAGAAGCUGUUCGAGCCUGUGGUGAUCCCAGUGGGUAAGCUGUUCCGGCCAAAUGAGAGGCAGGUGGCUCAGCUGGCCAAGAAGGACUAUCUGGGCAAGGCUACGGUUGUGGCGUCCGUGGUUCAUCAAGACAACUUUUCUGGCUUCGCCCCGCUGCAGCCACAGGCCACAGAGCCUCCACCCAGACCCAAAACUCCAGAGAUCUUCAGGGCCCUGGAAGGUGAGGCACACCGCGUGUUGUUUGGCUUUGUGCCGGAGACACCGGAAGAACUACAGGUCAUGCCAGGGAACAUCGUCUUUGUCUUGAAGAAGGGCAGUGAUAACUGGGCCACAGUCAUGUUCAAUGGACAGAAGGGGCUUGUGCCUUGCAACUACCUGGAGCCUGUUGAGCUUCGGAUUCAUCCUCAGUCGCAGCCCCAGGAAGACAGCUCCCUGGAAUCUGAUAUUCCACCGCCUCCGAAUUCUAGUGCCCCAGCAAGAUCCCAGUUGUCACCAGGUCACAAGCAAAAAGGAGAGCCCAAGGAAGUGAAGCUCAGUGUGCCCAUGCCCUACAUGCUCAAGGUGCAUUACAAAUACACGGUGGUCAUGGAGACCCAGCUCGGCCUCCCCUACAGCCGGCUUCGGGACAUGGUGGCUAAGAAACUGGAGCUCUUGCCAGAACACACUAAACUGAGCUACCAGCCUCGGGACAGCACUGAGCUUCUGCUCCUGUCAGAAGAAAGCAUGAAGGAUGCCUGGGGCCAAGUGAAAAACUACUGCCUGACUCUUUGGUGUGAGCACACAGUGGGUGAUCAAGGUUUUGUAGAUGAACCCAAGGAAAGUGAAAAUGCUGAUGCCAAUAACCGGACAACAGAGCCUCAGCCUAAGGAGGGGAGCCAAGUGGUGGCAAUCUUCAGUUAUGAUGCUACCCAGCCAGAAGACCUGGAGUUCGUGGAAGGGGAUGUAAUCCUGGUGCUGUCUCAUGUAAAUGAAGAAUGGCUGGAAGGAGAAUGUAAAGGCAAAAUUGGUAUUUUCCCUAAAGCUUUUGUUGAAGGGUGUGCAGCCAAGGACUUGGAAGGCACUCCCAGAGGAGUCUAGGGUGUUCCAUAAUUUACGAAGCUGAAGAAAAGGAGUCCAUGCUCCCUAGACCCCUCCACUCCCCAGUUUACCCAUCUUUGUUGUGAGCUAUACAGAGACAUCAGUUUGGAGACGUUGACUAACAACAUGUCUCUAUUAAAACUGAACCUGUCACACAGUAACAAGAACUGGGGAUGAAGAUUUCCUUGUACAUGGAGAAGGGAGAUGAAUUUCUAGAAGGGAAAUGAAAGGGUUUUGGGGGCUGGCUCAACAGCCAAGUGGAAAUACUCUUCCUUUAUUAACAGCUUGGAUUCUAGAUGUUUAAAGCAAAUUUACAUUUAAUUCUGUGUAUGCACACAGAAAAUUAACUCAUUAAAAACAAGGAGCUGGAAAGUUGGCUCAGUGGUUAAGAGUACUGACUGCUCUUCCAAAAGACCCAGGUUCAAUUCCCAGCACCCACAUGGCAGCUCACAACUAACUCCAGGAUCCAAUAGCCUUACAUAGACAUAUGUGCAGACAAAACAUCAAUGUACAUAAAGAAAAUUAAGAAAAAACAAAAACAAAAUCAAGCUUAAGUUUCAUUGAAGAGAAAAGCCAGAGUGAAUCAGGUCAAGAAAUAGACUGUUUAGUCCCAUGGAAAAUUAAACUCUUAGGACGAUGACCCUCCAAGCCUUCUCAGAUGGACAUUUAUUAAUAAGAGUUCAAUAGUGAACAAAGACCACUAACACUGGAAUGAUGAAAAUCUGUGUUCAGUGCCAGCUUGUUAGAGACAUUCUGGGGCAUUUCAUGUGUUGUUCAAGACGUAUCACUUUGGUGAUCCUUCAGGUUAACUGGAGACAGGGACCCCUAGGUCCUGUAUCUCGGGACCUCAUUGCUCUGCCACUCCUUGCAGCACAUAUGAUUUUGCCAUUUUUCAAGUCUGUACAGGUGGCAAGAGAAAAGCUGGUAGCAAGUAAGUUUUUCAUGGAACCAAAAUCUAGGUGAGAGGCUGGCAGUGUGAGCCUUGGUCUCCAGCACAAACUGAAAAAGAAUCUACUCCAAGGCUAAGGUGGUCAUCACUAUUGGCAUUAAUAACUCAGUGAAUCUUACAGGCCAGAAGAUAACCAAUCUCUGAAUUGCCUCCUGCUGAGCUACAAAAUGGACAGUUCCUGCCUUUACAGAAGUCACUCUAUCAAAAAACUGUUAAGUUUAUUUCUAACUAUCAUUUCCAGAACAAGUCACUGGAAUGCCAAGAAAAACAAAAUUUAUCCCCAUUUGUAGUCAUCUUUGUUUUUCUCCUGUUGAGUGAGCAACUGAAGUCCUAAAUUGUAUUUUUACUUCUGUAUCCUUUAAGGAAGAAUAAACACUCUACACAGAUCUGG